UUUCCACUCAUCUUCAACCUCGUCUACCAACUAAUCCGUUCACUCCUCUUCGGCCCUACAAAUUUCUUCGUUACCUACUUAUGCGUUCCAGCUAUGCGUCGAUCAAUAGCGGAGGCAUUUCUCGUCAACAACGCUGCAGAAGCAGAAGGAAUGCCAGGCGGAUAUCCGGGUUGAGGAUGGAGAAGAUGGACGUGGACGGGGAGGAGCGGCGCAAGGAGAAGAAAAAGCACAAAAAGAGCAAAAAAUCCUCGCGCACCGCGCCCGAGGCGGACGCCGCGCACGACUCCGGCGACGAGGCAGCGCGGCGCGAGCGCAAGAAGGAACGGAAGCGCAGUAAGCGGCGCCAGCGGGACUCCGGGGAGCAGGGGGCGGAGGAGGGGGAAGUGCGGCACUCGCCGUCGUGGACCGCCACCGGGGCGACGCUGCCUUCGCCCGCGGAGGAACUCACCUCCGUCGCCGCGCUCAUCAACAGCCAGCCCUCGCCCAGGAAGCCCAACGAGCAGCCUGAAGUGGAAAAGGAGCCCGGGGAAGUGGAGAGUUCCGGCGGGGGCGGCGCGGCGGAAGAGCUGUCCAUCGAAGAGACCAACAAACUGCGCGCGGCACUGGGCUUGAAGCCGCUGCAGGUGUCCGGGAGUAAACCGGCGGAAACGGCCACCAAAAAAGAAGACGUCCACGCUCCGGCCGGCAAUAUCGCCCACGACCGCCAGGCGCAGAAAAUCAAGGAACGCCUGGAGACGGUCAAGAAUAAACAUGCCGUGGAGAAAAAACUACGACAUGUCAAAGGCCUGGGCGAAGCCAGCGACGACGAGGAGACCGCGGAAUCCUGGGUGGAGCGGAAUCGGCGCAUUGUGGAGGCCCGACGACAGGCGGAACUGCAGGCGGAAAUGCAGCGUCGCGCCGAUGCCGAACAGCAGGAGGAGGACGAGGAGCCGACGAAUAAUCUUCCCUAUUAUUCUGCCCGGGAGCUGAAGGGUCUGAAGGUGGAGCACGAUCUGGACCGGUUCCAGGAAGGCAGCGAUAUCGUCCUCACGCUCAAGGAUGCCGGUGUGCUGGAGGACGGGAGUGAUGUGCUGGUGAGCACGGCGCUGACGGAGCAGGAGAAGCUGGAGCGCAAUCUGGAGAACAAGAAGAAGAAGGCCGCCUACAAUCCCUACGAGGACGCCGACGCGCUGCAGCGACCGGGAUUAUUAAAGAAGUACGACGAGGUCAUCGACGGCGACCGCAAGGGCCAGUUCACCCUGGAGACCGGCGGGACGGCCCCCGGGGCGGUGGACGCGGCGCGGAGGGAUCUGGCGGUCGGGACGCCCUUCCGACCGGAAAUGCUACAAACGCUGCUAACCAACGAGCGGACCCUCGCCCGCGACUUCUUCAACGAACAAGAAAUGGCGGGGAAAUUCAAAAAAGUCAAAAAAUCCUCGAAAAAUCGCCGCCAACAAUCCGUCAAAGACGAGCCCCUCCCCGUGAUGAAACCCGACCCGGGGACGGUCCCCGACGAAGAGGACGACGUGGAGCUGCAGCUGGCCCUCAGCCGCGCCCGCCGCCUGCGCCAGCAGCAGCAAUCCACCUCCGGCGAGGACCUCCUGGAGGCCCACCUGGCCGCCGCGAAGGAGACCGCCGCCCGCCCCCCGGAGGGGUGGUACGGCGGGGCGCAGCGGGUGUUCCUGGACGAGACCAGUGAGUUCUGUCGGCGGGUGGGCACGGAGUUGUCGGCGGUGCGCGCCGGGAAGGAGGAGCCCGGGGAGGGACCUCCGGAGUAUGGCGGAGGGUUUGCGGGGUUCGGGGAGGCCGGGGAGGAGGAGAUGGAGGUGGAGGAGGACGAGGGGGAGCGAGAACGGGGAGCGCCGGUGGAGCGGAAGGGCGGCUGGAGUGAGGUGCAGUUCGAGGCGGAGCCGGCGAAUCUCGGGAGCGAUCAGGAGGAAGAGGAGGAGCGCCGGAAAAAGCGCCGCAGCCGGCCCAACAGCAGCCGCUCGAAUCUGACGCGAUCGAUUCUGGACGAUGAGCCGACGGCCGGGCGGGGCAUCGGGACGACGCUGGAGUUGGCCAUGAAGAAGGGUCUGAUUGAGGACGUGGCCGAGGCGAAGAAGGCCGCCGCGCUGAAGAGUCUGCGCGGCAAGAAGAAGUCCUCCGUCCCGCAGCAGCAGUACACCGUCGAGGAUAAGAAUUUUGAGGACGAUAAGCGGACGCGGCACAACGAGCGCUACGCCGGGCCGCUGGUGAACUUCAAGGACAAGGCGGAGUAUAUUCCCUCCUUUAAGCUGGAGUACCACGACUCGGCCGGCCGCCAGCUGGACGCCAAGGCCGCCUUCCGCGAUCUCUCCCAUAAAUUCCACGGCAAGGCCUCCGGCAAGAUGAAGACCGAGAAGCGCGCCAAAAAAUUCCAGGAAGACAAGUUGUUGCAAGAAAUGUCCUCGGUGGACACGCCGCUGGGCACGGUGGCGAAGAUGAAGCGCAAGCAGGAGGAACAGCAGACACCCUAUUUAAUCCUGUCCGGCGCCCACCAGACCAAAGCCCAGCAUCUCCAUCCGACGCCGCUCUCCAAAAAAUCCUAACCGCCGAAAUUAAUUCUUCCCCAUUUAUUGCACGAUUUUUUUCUUAUUUUUUCUGUCAUAUUUACAAUUUUUUGCAGUGUGAAUUUAAAUUAAAUCUUAAUAAACGCGAGUGCAGGUAUUUUUUAUCAUGUUAAUCAGCGUCUUUCUCAAGCAACAAAUAACUGGCGAAUUAAUAAAAAAAAAACACACGCGUGGA